AUGGAGACAGGAGCCACCAGCGAGGGCCAGCAAGGAUGGCAAGGACAGGCGGGCGAGGCAGGCCGGGCACGGGAGGACGCAGCGUGGGGGCACCUGCGGGAGCAAGCUGCGAGCAGCAUGUCCGGAGAAGAGGAGGUCCGCACGGUGCCUGAGCAGGAGAGGGAGCCCGAAGCGACACGUUCCGGGGGCCCCUCCGAAGGCAGCGAAGCCAAGGCCAAAAAGAGCCGCUUGUCCCGGUCCUCCCGGGCCGGGCUGCUCUUCCCCGUGAGCCGCGUAGACAGGCAGCUGCGCCAAGGCCGCUUUGCUGAGCGCUUUGGAGCCAGGGCCCCCGUCUAUCUGGCUGCGGUGCUGCAGUGGGUGACGCACAAGACCAUGGAAGUGGCUGGCAAGAUUUCCAAGCAGAGCAAGCAGCAGCGCAUUUCUCCAUUGCACUUGCAGAUGGCGGUGCAAAAGAUCUCUGGGCUUAGGAAGCUCCUGCGAGGCGCUGUGCCCAGGGGCCGUGGCAAGGCUGUCCCCCAAAGACGGCGUGUGGCCUCACCCUCCAAAAAGAAGACGACCAAGAGCAAGAAGAGAUGCCCCACGCAAAGGGCUGCACCUGCCCGUGCCACUGCUAAAAAGCCAGACUUCUACAGGGUUCAAGUAGGAAUGGACUUACGUAUCUGGUUUAUUGAUGCUCAGGGUUAG